GAGUACUCUCAAAACUAUCGUCACCUGGAAGUAGACGAGAACGGGGAAAAGGCGAAGCCUACACUACCGAUUCAUAUGGUGUUCACUUGGUAUGUUUUCCGAUUUUCUUUUUUUCUUUGACCUAAUUCUCUAUAUUUUAUGAACUUUGCUGUAUUUGUUUUUUUAAGAAAAUUCAGCACACAAAUUGGGACCUGUAAGAUAAAAAAGAUAGUAAUUUAGGGCUAUUGAAAACGAUGCAUAUAUGUUUUUAUGUGUAAUAUAAUCCAAUUGCAUUGAUGUAUACUGGGAAAAUGAUCCAUCUAUACUUUUAUGAUUCUGUCUGACCUAAUUGUCACACAAAUUGGGACCUGUAACACAGAGAAGGUAAUGAUGCAUAUAAGCAGAUGGUGAUAGCCUCUGUUUUUCAACACACUUGCAGCUCCUAAUGGUAGAUAUAAUGUCACCACGUAAUCUGUAAUUACCUGUUUAAGGGAGGAAAUGCUUCAAGCUCAAUUAAACCUCUGCUUCUCAGUAGAUCCUUUGAUACUUAAAAGUGUUUGUAUUUUUUUAUUGUAUCAACGAAUCACCUAUAGACUAUAGUCCUAUGUUGACCUGUGCUCGUGAAAAGCCUCUAUUUUCUCUUGCUUUUGUUUACUGUGUGAAAAUUGGAAAAAUAAAAACAGGUUUUCGUAUUGCUGCUAUAUUUGGAACUGGUUCUUCUUCAUAUGCUAUGAAAGCAGUUCCUACAAAUGAAUUUUUAUUUAUUUAUGUGUGCAUAGUUUUACUAGGCCACAUAUUAUAUAUGCAUAAUGUAUGUGUGUAAUUGCUCCCAAUAUUAUUAGAUUAGGUUUUGUAUUGAUAUCUACUGGUACAUGAUACCAUAAUUAUUGUAGGUCAAUAGAUUUUUUUAUUUUUUAAUUCGCAUUAGUAAAUAAACCUUUUUCAGUAGGCAUUGCAUGUUGUCAAAGUUUGCACAUGUGUAAGUGUAAGAUCAUUAAGUACCUGAUAUGGUUUCUACUGUCCCUAAACUUGUGCUUCCUGUGAACUACCACAGUGAUGGUUUAUGUGCAUUUUUUCUUUCGUUUCUAUUUUUAACGUGUUUAUGGAAGUUUAGAUGUAGUUAUAUUAAAGAUAUUUUAGGUUAAAAUAUGAUUGUAAUUUAUUUUAGAUUAAAAAGAUACAAAUAAUAAUAUUAAAGAGGAAUACAGAGAAGUUUCAUGGAAAAUUCCACAAGAAAGAUGCAUACUUAGUGCAUCAUUCGUGUCCUCCAUGUUUUUUGUUUAUGGGUGUGAUUAGUGGGUUUACUUUGCUGACUUCAAUGUCUUUGUGUGGAAGAUUUUUUUUUUUUUUGCCAAAUGCAUUUACAUGUGCCAUGGGCCAUACACUAUUCCUCAAUAGUGUUUCAAUUCACUAACACCGAUAUGUGAAAAGCCAAAAACAAUUCUAAAAAUAUUGGUAUCAUAUUUAAAAGAAAAACUAGAGUAAAUUGCAUGAAUGGUCCCUAUGGUUUAAGGUAAUGUGUAUGCUUGGUCCCUUAUUUAAUAUUAUUAUUUCUCAAGUCGGACCAUCCAUGUGGUAUUGUUUUAUUAUGAUUUUUAUCCCUAACAGCCCUAAAAAUACAUUUUUUCCCUCACUAGAUUUUUUAUAUCUUUAAUUAUUUUUUGUACUUUAUUUUUUUAUUAUUAAAAUAUUGGAUCCCAUAAAUUCCCCAACCCCCACCCGCCCCGUUUUUAUCUCCUCAACGUCUCUUUAUUUAUCUAUUUAUAUUAUUAUGAAAAUAGGUAUUUUUAUUAUUAAUAUAACAAAUACCUAUUUUUCAAUUAAAUGGGUUGAAAUUGUUAUGUCUAAUGAAAUUGUAAUGCAUUUGAGAAAACACAUCUUUUAUAAAAAAAAAAUAUAUAAUAUCUUUAAUGUGGAGUUACAUAAUGUAUCUUUUAAUUAAGCUUGACACAUCAACCUUGUCAAGUCAAAUAAUAACAAAAAACUUAUUUUCUUGAAGUUAGUUUUGUAAAAUGAUUGAACAUCAAAAUUAAUUUUAUAAUUUAUAACUACUAUUUACAAAAUAUUAUAAAAUAAUCUUAGACUUCUUGAAAAUCUAAAUGCUUGUUUGUCAAUUAUUGGGUUUCAUUUAUUUUAUAUUUUUAAAAGAAUUGUUUCCAUUUACAAUUGCAUCUACCAUGUGUACCACAAAAAUACAACUUGUGCAUCCAAAUGUCCAUUAACUUCUAGUCUUUCAUGGAAAUAAGUUGUUUUUCAUUUAUGGCAUUAUAAAUGCAGUAGUUUCUUCAAUGUAACAACCUAUCUCUCCACUUCAACUUCCUUCUAAAUUAAACCAAGUUAGUUAAGGAGGGUUAAUAAUGGGAAUUCGGAGGGGUUUAGGGAUCCAUCUCAUUUUCGUAUGUGUUUUUUUGGUUGCAAACAAAUAUUCUUGUUUUGGUGUUGGAAAUGUCAGUGUCGCCUGCUCUCAAAAAGAGCGACUUGCUCUUCUCAAGUUCAAAGGGAGUGUUGAAGAUACUUCUGGAAUGUUGUCAUCAUGGGUGGGGGAGGAUUGUUGCCUGUGGGAAAGAAUCCACUGUGACAGUCUCACUGGAACCGUUGACAGCCUCAAUCUCAAUGGAGAUUACUAUUAUGGUAGCGAAGGAGACAACUACUUAGUUGGUAAUGCGGUGAACUCUUCAUUGGCUGAGUUGAGGCAUCUCAAGUACCUGGACUUGAGUCGGAAUGAUUUUGGAGGAAGCCGGUUCCCUGAGUUCAUUGGAUCCUUCAAACAGCUGAUGUACCUCAAUCUCUCUGCUGCUGGUUUUCAAGGUAUUAUUCCUCCUCACAUUGGAAAUCUUUCUAAUUUAAAGGUUUUGGAUCUCAGUUGGAAUGGUGAGCUGAUGUCAGAUGAUAUGUCAUGGACUUUUGGCCUUUCAUCACUCGAGCAUCUUGACUUGAGUUGGUUGAAUCUUAGUGGUUGGGACAAGGUGCUUUACAAUCUUCGUUCAUUAAAAGAGUUAAGUUUGCAUGGUUGUGGACUUUCCAAUGUCCAUCUUGGUCCUUUUCUUAAUUCGAGUAGAAUUCUUGCCAACAUACAACACCUUGAUCUUGGCUUUAAUUCUUUGAAAACUUCACUCCCUGGAUUUUUCCAAAACAUGACAUCCCUUGAAUUUCUGGAUCUUUCUGGUUUUAAUCUUAGUUUGUCAUGGAACUUUGCAAACUUGCUAAACAUGAUCCCUUCCUCUUUAUCAGAGCUGCAUUUUUCAAGUUGUUGGCUAGAUAAUAAGACUUUUCUAUCCUCCGCUCAUUUUAAUAUCAGUAUGCUUUCUAACAUACAACACCUGGAUCUUAGCCAAAAUUCAAUUGAAGGCAUAAUUCCAUCUUUUUUCACAAACAUGAGUUCCUUAAGAGUCCUUGAUCUCUCAGGAAACAUGCUGCAUUCUUGGGUUCCAAUUAUGCCUGACCUUCUAGAGCUUUAUCUUUCUUCUAACCAUUUUAAGAAUAUUGAGGAUGUUGGAAUCUGGAGACACUGUCACCUGAAAACAUUGGCUGCAUAUGGAAAUCUUUUUGAAAUAGAAAUGAAUGACUCACCACAAAACACAUCGGAAUGCUCCCGAUAUGCUUUGGAGUCGUUGGAUUUAAGUGGUUCUUUGAAUGGUACGAUUCCAGAAGCACUUGGAAGACUAACCGAUUUAAGACACUUAGAUCUAUCAAUGAGCAGUUUGACAGGUCCAAUCCCCGAAUUUGCAGGAAGACUAAGACAUUUAGAAAUGUUAGAUCUAUCUAAUAACCAGUUGAUCGGUCCCAUUCCUACAUUCAUUGGGAAUCUUUCCAGACUUGACCUUUCUUCCAACCAAUUGAAUGGUUCAAUUCCAGAAUCCUUUGGAAAUUUAUCAGCUUUAACACAUUUGAAUCUAGGAUCCAAUCGGUUAACGGGCCCCAUCCCAGCAUCUCUAGGAAGACUUGUUGCAUUACAAGAUAUUUUUCUUUCUUCAAAUUUGUUAAAUGGGACUAUUCCGGUUUCAAUUGGGCAACUUGCCAAACUCAAAUAUCUAGAUAUCUCAGACAAUUCCGUAGAAGGAGUAGUUUCUGAAGCCCAUUUUGCUAACCUUUCGAUGUUGGAGCACUUGGAUGCUUCUUCUAACACCAAGUUGGCAUUCAAUGUCUCACGUGAGUGGAUACCUCCAUUCCAGUUGUAUCAUCUUGAUCUCAGUUCCUGCAAUCUCACAAAUGGAUUGCCACAGUGGCUACGAAAUCAGUUCUUGCUCUCUGAGUUAGUGUUGUCGAAUGCUUCAAUUUCGGGACCUCUGCCCACAUGGUUGCGGAAGAUGCCUGUCAUUGAUUUCUUAGAUCUCUCUCACAACAAACUCAGCGGACCAUUGACAAACCUUCCAGAAAUAGGACUGGCAUUAAUACUAGCAAAUAACAUUUUCAAUGAGUCAAUUCCAAAGUUGUUGUGCAGAAUGACAGAUUUAGUUUUACUUGAUCUUUCCAGAAAUAGGUUAACAGGGAAAAUUCCCAAGUGUCUCCAGAAUCUGAAAUGGUUGGGUGCCAUGAUCUUUAGCUCAAAUUUACUUUCAGGUGUCAUUCCAAGCUAUAUAGCACUUAGUCAUUCAUCAUUGCAUUGGUUAAAAUUAAAUGACAACAACUUUACUGGUGAACUUCCUCAAGAGUUGGGGAAUUUAAGAUAUUUAAGAGUCCUAGAUGUGGGUGAUAAUCAAUUGUUUGGAAAGAUACCCCACUGGAUUGGAGAAAACCUGACAAGUUUGAUUGUUUUAAGAUUACACAAGAAUAACUUUACCGGGGAAAUUCCUGAAUCUUUAUGCAAAAUGUCAAAACUUCAAAUUUUGGAUGUUGCAUACAACAACUUAACGGGUAUCAUCCCUCAUUGCCUAAGAGAGUUGAAUGCAAUGGUUAAUGGUGCAGAAAAGUGGUAUGACAAUAAUGGUUGGGCUGAUUCUAAUGAGAAUGUGAUUCCGGUUAUGAAAGGUGUUGAUCUUGUAUAUGCAAGAAUUUUGGAUAUAGUUUAUAACAUGGACCUUUCAAGCAAUAAACUUGUUGGAGAUAUACCAGUGGAGCUAACUGCACUUCGUAUGUUGUUGGGUCUCAAUUUGUCAAAUAAUGAUCUCAGUGGGAAUAUUCCAGACAGCAUUGGGAACAUGACGAGGUUAGAAUCUCUUGAUUUAUCUGGAAACAAGUUGACCGGGACGAUCCCUCCAAGCAUGGCAGCUUUGACUUUUUUGAGCCAUCUGAAUCUGUCACACAACAACUUGUGGGGACGAAUUCCAACAGGCCAUCAGUUGCAGACCCUUAAUGAUGAUCCAUCAAUAUAUUCUGGGAACAGAGAUCUUUGUGGACCUCCAUUGACAAACAAUUGCUCAGAUCAUCAAGACCCAACAACAACAGCAAAGCCCAAGAAGAAACAUAAAGCAGCUGAGGAGUCAAUCAAGUGGAGAUGGAGGCUUUUCAUGUUUGUUGAGAAAAUCAUGGACAAGAUAUACGUUGGAGUCAUGGUAAGCGUUGCCAAGAUCAAGAGAGGAAGAGAAGCUGUAUAGGCGCUCUGGAAUGCAAGUAAUUCUCAGAUAUAUGUUAUCAAUGAAGUUUUUGUUUUAAUGAAACUAUUUGUAUCUAUGUUUGUAAUGUGGAUGUUGUUAAAGGUUUCAAUUUUAAAAUGUUUGUUAUAUUUCUCUUCCGUUAA